GAGUUGGAAUGCACGCAAGCCACGUAGCGGCCACCUAUCGCAAGACCAAGAAGCCUAGCGGAGGUAGUAGCCCCAGACCGUCACGUUCUAGUACAGACUCGAGAAAAAAACAGCGAAAAUCUUGCGGCGGAGGUGGAGGAUGGGCUCCAAUGGGGGACGACUGCUGGGUCCGGGGAGGAGAGGUGGGCGGAGAUAUGCGGAGCUACGACACGGCGAUAGUAUCCGGAUCUCUGUUUGCUCGUGCAAUUUCCUCAUCUAACCUCGAUAUCGGCGAGCAUCUUCCCAGACGUCUUGAUUCCAUUCUGGUUCACCCCGAGACCAUGCGACUGUGUGGAAUGGGAAUCAGUCAGCCAGUGGCAGUGCGGGGUGUAGAUAGUCAGAAUUCCCCACUCACUGUCUGCAAACCGUGGCCCUGCAAGAAAAUCGAAUUUGACGUUGUGGCAGUGUGUCCUGAUGUUCUGAGGUGUUGUGAGGAGGGGAGGGAGGAGGGAGUGGUGAGGGUUGAGGUGUGGAGGGUGCCUUCUCCAUCACAGCUCCCUCUUGCUAGCCAACUCCUUCUCUCUCCACAGUCUCCUGUUGACAUCAAUGUGCUGAAUGAUUCCUUCAAGAACUAUACUCGCUCUCUCUGUGAUGGGUUGUAUCUGUGUGAGGGGAACAAGGUUACAGUUCCGUUCUGCCGUGAAGACGUCCAGUUUACAGUAGAGAGAGUGGUACCAGCUGGUCUGGAACCAGACAUGGGAACGAGACUGAGUCUCGGGUGUCCUCGGAAUCUGACGGCCCUCCUGGAGGAGAGCCUUCAUCUCGACAUGUCCAGAUUGAGGCUGGAACACAGUCCACGCAUCAGCCCCUCUCAGUCGCCCAUUGCAACGAGGGGGUCCCCCUCUCAUUUACACCUCGUUACCAGUACACCAGGGAUGGAGGUGGACAGGGCUCAUUCCGGUACGGAAUCAGUUUGUCGACAGCUGGCACUUGCCGAUAUUGAUGGUGGGGGGAGGGAGGAAUCGUGUGCCUCGUUAGAGCGGGAAAUACAGGGGCUUGCCCUUGAAAGAGGGGACACUAGCGAGAGAGGGGAAGAAGAACAGGUAGAAGUGGUGGUGUGCAAAAUAACAGCCAAAACCGAGGUGGUGUUUGUCACCAGUGGCAAGAAAAACAAACACAAGGGGCGGGUGAUAACUAUGGGGGAAAUUGGAGGGCUCUCUCCUCAGAAGCAGCUGCUGAGGGAGCUGGUGCUCUACCCUCUCUCCAACCCCUCUAUCACUGGUGUCCAGUUCCCAAAGGGAGUUCUGCUGUAUGGGUCUUCGGGAGUGGGGAAGUCCCUCCUCGUCUCGGCUCUCUGCUCAGAGACUUCAGCCCACGUCGUCUCUCUCUCCCUGUCAGACCUCCACAGCAGUGAAGGCUCGGCCAGGCUUCAGAAGGUGUUCAGAGAUGCCAGAGAAAGGACUCCAAGUCUUAUUGUUCUGGAGGAUCUCCACUUUCUUCGAGCGUCGCCCGAGGGAAAAGCUGUUGCUUGCUCCCUCGUUGGUUGCCUCGACAACCUCCAUGCUACACACCCCUCGAAACACGUGGUAGUCGUGGCAACAACCAAUCAGAUUGAGGAUAUCGAUCCAUCACUACGGCGACCGGGGAGGUUUGAGCGGGAGAUUGAAAUCACUACUCCUUCAGCAUUGGAGAGGAGACAAAUACUAAAGGUGCUGAUGAGGGGCGUGGCACAUUAUCUAACUGUCGAAGAAAUUGGGGGUGUGGCCGACUCUGCCCAUGGGUUCACGGGAUCAGAUCUGAGGACUGUAUGCUUGCAGGCUCAGCACAAGGCCCUGAGAAGGCACCUGGGGGAGGGGGAAGAGGGGGAGGGUGUGGUUGUGAGAUGUGAGGAUGUGAGGAGUGCUCUCCCGGGAAGUGAGGCCCAGUGCCAUGAGGGAAGUAACAUUGGAGGUGCCAAAGGAGGUCAGGAGGAGGUGAAGAAGAGACUGAGAGAGGCAGUGGAGUGGCCACUCAAACACCCAGAGGCCUUCUCAAGACUUGGCAUAACACCUCCAAAAGGAGUUCUCCUGUACGGCCCUCCAGGCUGCAGUAAGACCAUGAUAGCCAGAGCUGUGGCCACCGAGAGUGGACUCAACUUCAUUGCAGUCAAGGGUCCAGAGCUGUUUAGUAAGUGGGUUGGAGAGUCUGAGAAAGCAGUAAGACAGGUUUUCCAGCGAGCCAGAGCUGCUGCCCCUGCAAUUAUCUUUUUUGACGAGAUCGAUGCUCUAGCAGUCGCAAGAAACAGUGGUAGUUCCUCGGUAGCGGACAGAGUCCUGGCGCAGCUGUUGACGGAGAUGGAUGGAGUGGAGAGCCUGUGCGAUGUCCUGAUUGUUGCAGCCACCAACAGACCUGACAUGAUCGACAAGGCCCUCCUGAGACCUGGGAGGAUUGAUCGCAUGAUCUACGUACCUCUUCCCUCUGACGAGACUAGGAGAGAGAUUUUCCAGAUUCGAUUCAGGAGUAUGCCAGUUGCCAGUGAUGUGUCAGUGGAUGAGCUCGUCUCGCUAUCUCAAGGAUUUUCAGGAGCCGAAGUUGUUGCACUUUGCCAGGAGGCUGCUCUGUGUGCGAUGCACGAAGACAUCUCCGUGGAGAAAGUCUCCACGUGUCAUUUUCAGCAAGCUCUGAAAACCAUUACUCCCCGGACCAAACCUUCUACUAUUGAAAUAUAG